GUUGCUCAUUUCACAAUGGUCCCGCCCAGACAGCGCCGAGCCUGGCAGCGCAGCAGCUCCACAGUAUAUGAGCAGCAGAGCUCCCAACUUAGAGGAAAUAUGUCUACCAUCAUGAAGGAGAGGCUGAGACUACAGAACACAGGAGAUUUUCUACUGUUGUGCUGAGAGAAGCCCAGAGUGGAGCCAAGCUCCUGUUGUGGGCUAAUUAAAUCCCCACCUCCGCUGACACCCCGCCUUCCCUGGUUGACCGGAAACAGUCCAGAGCAGGACACCAUCCUCGCCGGCCUCCUCUGCCUCCUGAUGUUCCUUCAGGCAGGGCGAACACACUCAGUCUGCCGGUCGCACACACCUUGACGGGGAUGGCCCUCCAGAGGAGGCUGGUGGUUGGCGUGUUGACCGUCAUCUCCCUGCUCUGUGUCUACAUCCUGUGUGUGAACCUGGAGGUGCCACUGUCCUGGUCCUUAACGCCUCUGAAACACGACUACACAGCGGGCGCUAGCAACGUCUCAAGAGACUCCGAGGAGCCUCUUGACAGCGCGACCCGGCCGCCCUCUGCCUUACACUUUCACAUAGAGCACCAGGUUCUGCAUGAACACACACAUGCCACGCAGACUUUAAAGACUCAAACAUCCAAAGUCUCUAAACAAAAAGUAGAGAACAACGUCCUGGAUGUCUCAAAGUCCAGCUCCAGUUCUGAUGGCCUGGAUAAAACCUGGAUCAGGACCAAAGGCCCUACACCGAAGCCUCAGUGGAUCACUCAGGCAGCCAGGACAACAGAGCCUUCCUACAUUGGAGACACUUACAUGAGUGAAGACGUCCCCCCACAAACGGACUGCCCAGACGGCAUCCAAAGUCGGGUCACACAAACGGAAUUUGGUGAGAGGUUUCUGAAAAACAUCCCAGUCCUGCAGUGGGCCAAACACGUCACUCCUGAACAGCACCAGCGCCUGAGCCGGUACCCAGGGGCACAUGGCUGGGGGGGGGUCGACUAUGAGACAUUGGUGGAAACUCUGUCUGUCCUCAAUUCGUCUGCUAACUGGCAGAUGUUCGACGACUGGAAGGAUCGCAGCAGUAAACCAGAGUGCAUCCGCUGUGCUGUGGUGGGGAACGGUGGGAUCCUGAAUAAUUCAAAGAAAGGGGAGGAGAUCGACGGUCAUCACUAUGUGUUCAGGACCAAUGGCGCAGUCAUUAAGGGCUUUGAGAAGGAUGUGGGGUCUCGUACCACCCACUACACGUUCUCCACCAACACAAUGGUCAACUCCAUGAGGAGCUACGCAGGUGCCGGGUAUAGAGGACCACCUCAGUCAAAGGAAACGCGAUACAUUUUUCUGCCAGAUCACGACCGUGACUACCUGCUGAUGAAGGCUGCAGUGACACACACUCGAGUAGAGAGAGGGUCUGAGCAGAACAAAGAUCCUUCCAAGUACUUUGGAGAGGACCUGUCAAUAGAAAAGUUCAAGAUGUACCACCCCGAUUUCAUCCGUUACCUCAGAAACAGAUUCCUUCGUUCUCCAAGUCUGAAAAAAUUUAGGAACAUUUACCGGCCGACAACGGGAGCUGUGAUGCUGCUGGCUGCACUGCACACCUGCAGCAAGGUGAGUGCGUACGGCUUCAUGACCCCAGACUAUAAGAGCUACUCUGACCACUACUUCGACAUCAAGCACCACCCAGUGGCCUUCUUCGCCAACCACGACAUGCGUAUGGAACUGAUUCUGUGGCAGCAGCUGCACCAGGCGGGUCUCAUACAACUGUACAUGCACAAGUGAAGUCACGUCAACCGAAAACUGUCUGCGCACGAGUUACCAGCGUGGGAACGUGAUAACGGGACAACCCUGCCAGUCUUGUCUUAAAAUGUUGAGGACUUUCUGAAUUAAGAAUAAUACAAAGAAGACUUUGAGAAGAGUUUGUUUGUUUUGGAGUUGUGUGUUUUUUUUUUUGUUUUUUUUAUGAAGGAAAUAUUUUCUUCUACAAUUACUGCUGCUAUGAAUUUGACUGAUUUAUUCAUCAGUAUAAGGUUGUUGUGUUUUUUUAAAUCAUUAUCCCAGAACGCAUGUUUUGGUGAUUUGAGGGUCAAAAUGGGUCCAGACACUUAACUUUAAACCAGGCUAAAUAGCUUGUUCCAGUAAUUCAAUUCUUGUUGCUCUUUGUGUUUUUAGUAUGUUUCAGAGUAUAAUUAAGAGACACAAAGAGGGAGGGAUUGAAAGAACAUGUUUAUGAAAGUGAGUUAACAUGCUCUUAGAGUAUGUAGUGUAAAAGCGCUUUGAGUGGUCAAAGACUAAAAAGGCGCUAUCCAAGUACAGAGCAUUUACAUUUAGAGGGAACAUCUUAAGGGGUAUCAGUGCAGGUGGAGCAUCUGUCACAUUUUAUUGCCCCGAGUGUUUAUUUGAACAGAUAACGGGAUGGGUUUUACAUUGAGGGUAUAGAAUUACCACUCUGAAGUUUUCAUGGUUCAUAUUUCUGACUGCAGAGAAUCAAAAACCUUCUUGGACUUCAAUCCAUAUUAAAAAUUUAGCCUGGCUUACUAGUUUUAGCUUGUCAACCAUGUUUCUGGGAUGACUCUAGAGCGUAUCACACAAUCAGUCUCUGCCAGAGUUACAGUGGAGGUUCUUGUUAGUGGUACACAGUUUGUUGACAAGGGACAAGGCUGCAAUUGAGUUGGCCACUUGCUUAAAAUAUCCUGUCUCCCGGCCCUAAAAUGACGGUGCACUGCUGGCAGUGGCCAAAGUCUGUUCUGACAUUUAGUCAGAUUAUGUUCGGAGUCUGUCUCUGUAUAUUGUACUGUAGAAGCUCACAAAAACCCACGGAGUGUAACUAUAAAGCUCUUUGGGACACACGUUUGAACAUGAGAGGGCAUUUCAAGGCAUGUAACUUAUUAUAUUUUUUUUUCUUACAUUUCAUAGGCCCACAAGUGUACUUUUUUUUUUUUUUUUUUUUACAUGUUACCACACUGUGAUGAUAUGAACACUGUGUGCGGGCUCUACUUGACUUUCAGUGCCUUUUUUUUAAUGUGAAUCUGUUUGGUGACUGAAGUAGAAAUUCAGGAUUUUCCCACAACAAGACAAACGAGGAAGUCUGUGUCCUCGUCCCUCGGUUUGGAUUUUGGGACGUUCCCCGAGGACUCGUCUUAUGGAAUCUGCUUGUUUACCUGCCAGACCUGGACUCCUCUCUGCGCUGUGAUGAAGGGUCGAAGUCCAUAAAAAUGUAUUGCCACUCCUCUCAAACUGGACUAAGGCAUCAGAUCCUCAAUAAGUCUGUAUUGUGCUGACAGCAAUGACACAAACUGUAGGUCUGCUAGUAGGAGGAGAAAAGAAACCAAAGACACACUGUAAAUCAGGGAUAAUAUCCAAUCAGUACAUAUUCUAACUCUGAUAACCCUCUUAAAUCAGUAUAAAAGUAAACUGACUUUA